AAUCCGCCUCGCUUUGCGCUUGUUCCUGUGUCGUGCGAGAACCUCUGAUCGGCUUUCAUCAGAAAUAGCCCACGCCGAACGGCUACAGCGCUCGUAUCAUUGGACACUAAAGUGUGCAGACAGCAGGGCAGCAGUCAUGGAGUUCGAGAUAUUGGCGAAAUGUCCUAUCACGCGAGCAAGAGUAUCGAGAAUGAAGCUUCCACAUGGUACAACAAUGCUGCCGACUUUCAUGCCUGUCGCGACCCAGGCAGCUAUCAAGGGCUUAACUACGCAGCAGGUUGAAGCACUUGGCGUCACUUUGGUUCUUAACAACACGUACCAUCUCAACCUACGCCCCGGAACUAAGAUCCUGAAAGAUGUUGGUGGGGCGCAUAGGUUUCAAGGGUGGAGGCAUAAUCUGCUUACGGACAGUGGCGGGUUUCAACUAGUCUCCCUGAAUAAGUUCACACAGAUCACUGAGGAGGGUGCAUUGUUUGCAAGCCCAUUCACAGGAGAGCCGACUAUGCUGACUCCAGAAGAGAGCAUAUCAAUCCAGCAUACCAUUGGCUCUGACAUCAUGAUGCAACUAGAUGAUGUAGUGCACUCGCUUACGGUUGGGCCCCGUGUGGGUGAAGCAAUGUGGAGGACAAUACGGUGGCUUGACCGCUGUAUUGACUUUCACGAGAAGUCGGGGCGGAAGAACGUUCAGAACCUGUUCGCAAUAGUACAAGGGGGUAUCGACCCGGCACUACGCGACCAGUGUUUGGAUGAGAUGGUCAAAAGGAAAGACCGAGUCGCUGGAUACGCUAUAGGAGGACUUAGCGGAGGCGAAGAAAAAGACACGUUUUGGAGAAUAAUCAAACAAUGUGCGGACAAGCUACCCGAAGAUCGCCCCCGAUACUCUAUGGGUAUUGGUUUCGCUGAAGAUCUUCUCGUCUGCGUCGCACUUGGCGUCGACAUGGCAGACUGCGUUUUCCCGACACGAACAGCUCGUUUCGGAGUAGCUUUGACCUUCAACGGACCUUUGAACUUAAGACUGAAGAAGCAUGCCACCGAUCUGCAACCGAUCGACGAAACAUGUCCAUGUCCGACCUGUGCGAGCGGGACGUCAAAAGCCUUGCUGCAUCACAUCGCCACAAUGGAGACCGCGGGCGCGCACGCCCUUACGCAACACAACAUUGUGUUCCAAGCGCGAGUCAUGGGUGGCGCACGGGAUGCAAUCAUCAACGGGACCUUCCCCGCAUACCUCAAGACAUUCUUUGCCAACUACUUCGGCCAAGCUGGGUACCCGGAAUGGUGCGUCAACGCAUUGCGGAGCGUCGGCGUCGACUUGCUUGAAGAUAGGCCGAAGUCGAAGAUUAUACCGGGUGACGGAUCGAAAUGGGAGUACUCUGAUGCAGCAUGAAGUAAUAGAUUGUGUACAUUCGAUGGGUAUCUACACAGCAUCGCACGUGA